AUGGUCGCUCUCGCACCGUUCAAUCUGCGCAUGCUGAUCGUCAGUGUUGGCAACCCUCCCCCGCUUCAUGAAACACUGCACUCGGCCGGUCAUAUGGUUCUGCGCCAGCUGCAACAACACCUCGACACCUCAACCGACUCCUACCAGCCUGGGUUUUCGACGCAACGCUUCGGCACCAAGAACUGCAUCGCCUCUAUUGGUCCCAAGUACACACUCGUACAGUCCCCCACACAGAUGAACAUUGUCGGCCCGUGGCUCGCCUCAGCUUGGAAACAACACUCAAAGCUUCCUUCAGAUCAACACCCAGCCCUCGUAGUGUUGCAGGAUGAAUUAGAACUUGAGUUUGGCAAGGCCCUCACCCGCGAGUGGGCGAGCAGCCACAAAGGCCACAACGGCAUCCGCAGUGCACAGCAGAGCCUGCCGCCAAGCAUACACAAGAACGAACGGUUCGCCCGCGUCCGCAUCGGAAUAGGGCGGCCGCAGGAGCGGGAUAGGUCGCAUGUCAGCGAUUACGUACUGAGACGCGCCACGCCGGACGAGAAGGAAGUACUAGAGGACCACACAGCCCCGAGUGUGGUUACGAUCCUCGGCGAGCUUGAAAAGAAGUGGCGGAGGGCGUACAUGCAGAGCCUUCAGCGUGAUGCUUCCCCGUAG